ACUUACGAUCCGGAAGAAAUGCUGAGCGGGCUCGAGAAAUGCUGUAAAUGCUUGUCUAAAAGCCCACUCGAUCUUCAAUUUCUUCCAGCGCCGGCAAAAAGCAGCAGGACGAUCGAAACCCGUCCGAGGCGACAAGUUGUAAGCAUCAACUCCCUGUAGCCGACACGAUCCAGAAGAGAAGAUCCUGGGCAAAACAUGAAACCCGGCAAGCUCCUCCGCCGUCCCCAUGACCUCAAACGCCAAUGCCUCGCCGCUGUCCCUUCUACCGUCGACGCUCUCUUCUCCCUCCAUUUCUCUUCGUCCGCCUCGCAAAGCGCCUGCGACCAACCCCAAGUCGCCAUCACCCCGCGGGCGCUGCUGGGUUCGGUCCAGUCUUCUCAGUGGCAUUUCGUCGAACAGGUCUCGGACCGCCUCACUCCCUCCCUGAUUUCGACCACCCUCUCGGCUCUCGAGAAAAGGCCCGAACUUGCUCUCGGGUUCGUGACCCGCGUCGACACCAGGUGCUUAGACACGAGGACCUCCUGCCUCGCGCUCGCCAUCGUUUCGCGGCUCCCGGAUCCGAGGCCCGCGCUGCAGCUCGUGAAGAGGAUCAUCCGCAGCGUCGAUGCCACCGUAAAAGAGGUCUUCGAUGAACUGGUGAGCUUGCGCGGUCAGUCGGGCACGAAAAGUAGCAUUGUCUUUGAUUUCUUGGCAAGGGCUUGUUGUGAAUUGAAGAUGGGUCAUGAGGCGUUGGAGUGCUUUGACAUGAUGAAAGAGAAGGGCAUCUUGCCAAAGACCGAGACUUGUAAUAGCAUGUUGAGUCUGUUAUUGAAGUUGGACAGGAGAGAGACCGCUUGGGUUUUGUAUGCUGAGAUGUUUAAGUUGAGGAUUAAAUCGAGUGUCCACACUUACAACAUAAUGAUCAAUUUGUUGUGCAAGGAGGGAAAGUUGAAGAAGGCGAAGGAGUUUAUUGGUUGGAUGGAUGGUUUGGGUAUAAAGCCUAAUGUUGUCACAUACAACACGUUAGUACAUGGAUAUUGCUCGAAAGGGAGGGUUCAAGCUGCUCUAAUGAUUUUUAAUGCAAUGAAAGCUAAAGGCAUUGAACCGGAUUCCUAUACGUAUGGACCGAUCAUUAAUGGGAUGUGUAAGGAGGGGAGACUUGAGGAGGCAUCCAAAUUUUUGGGCAAAAUGUUGGAAGUUGGGUUAGUCCCCAGUGCUGUGGUUUAUAAUGCUUUGAUCGAUGGGUACUGCAACAAAGGGGAUUUAGAGACGGCCUUGAGUUAUAGAGAUGAGAUGGUUAGGAGGGGUAUAAGGCCCACUAUUUCAACAUUUAACUUGCUUAUUCAUGCAAUGUUAAUGGAAGGAAACACUCUUGAAGUUGAUAACAUGAUGAGAGAAAUGGGUGAAAAAGGGAUGGCUCCAGAUGCCUUCACUUACAAUAUACUAAUUAAUGGGUAUUGCCAGUGUGGCGAUGCUAAAAAGGCCUUUGCUCUUCGUGACGAGAUGUUGGUUAAAGGGAUCCAGCCUACCCGAGUAACUUAUACCUCACUUAUUUAUGUUCUGGGUAGACGGAACAGAAUGAAGGAAGCAGAUGAUUUAUUUGAGAAAAUAGUAGGUGAGGGUAUUCGUCCAGAUGUUGUGAUGUUUAAUGCAAUGAUCGAUGGACACUGUACAAAUGGGAGCAUGGAGCGUGCAUUUUCGCUUUUGGAGAAAAUGGAUCAAUUUAAGAUUAAGCCCGAUGAAGUCACCUACAAUACACUAAUGCAGGGACUUUGCAAGGAGGGUAAAGUUGAAGAAGCACGUGAGCUUCUAGGUGUGAUGAAAAGAAGAGGGAUAAAGCCUGAUCACAUCAGUUACAACACUCUGAUAAGUGGUUAUAGCAGACGUGGCGACAUGAAUGAUGCUUUUAGGACACGGGAUGAGAUGUUGAAUGUUGGGUUCAAUCCCACACGUCUCACAUACAAUGCCCUUAUUCAAGGUUUAUGCAAGAAUAAGGAAGGAGAUCAUGCAGAAGAACUCCUCAAGGAAAUGGUUAAUAAAGGCAUCACUCCAGAUGAUGCCACUUACAUUUCACUGAUCGAGGGAAUAGGGGAAGUUCAUAAACUGAAGGAAAUGGUGACUCUUGAGUAAUGAGUGAAAGAAAUUAUCCUAUGUGGUGAUAGCAAAGAGGUGUUUUCAAAAAUGUAUGGUUGAGAGAAGUCUUUUCACCACCAGAUUUUGGGGAAAGAACCAACUGCUUCUAGACACAACAGUACAGAAUGGAUGCUUCAAUCAUUGGCAGAGUGGAGCGGACACUUUGCAAUUUCUGUUUUGGUUUCUGAAAUUGUUUACUGUGCAAAGGGUUAUAAAAUUGUCAUCUCAAGGGGGGAGUGCACUGCUUUGCUGCAACUGGUUUAUCAUAUAGCUGAUUUUUUCAUCCUGCAAGUUGUGCAUGCCAUUCAUUUUGGUAUGACUGAUUGGAGGUUGAAUUUCUUUGCUAGUGGAAAUUCCUCAAUCAGUGAGGAAUAGUCGUGAUGGUGUUUACAAGUGAUUCACGGAUGUAAUUGAGGCAAAGAGGGUGAGAUUUUUCUCGAGUCAACAAUUCGGGUCGUUCUGUCAUUUUGUAGGACACUCGCUUCCAUUACAUGAUGUGGAUCACCAGGGGAAAUAGCAAUAGAGCUUUUUCAGACAUGCGUAAUUCGUGUACUUAUUAUACAACAUCUUACUUCAAACACUGGAGUACUAAGAGUACAAUUCGGAAGACGGGCCCAGUGUAUGGGAAAUACUGCAACAAGUUAUGCUAUGGCAUCUCAUAUAGCCAAACAGAUUAGUUCUAGAAAGCAGCAAGAACUCCAGCCACGGAAGCUGUGUCUUGUGACCAUACCCCGACCAUGUGGACAAGCCUAGGAAGAAGAUAAUGCUUGGGUAUGUGAUCUUCUUGCUUAUGCGCUAGUCUAGAAGAUAUCCUAGAAUACCAAGGAGAACGGAAGAGAAGAAAGCAUCCAUAAGAAGACGACGAGGGCCAUGUUUUUGACGAAGAAGCUGUCGCAUGUUUGAUGUUUUAUUGCUGACUACGUAGUCUUGCAAGAUAUGCUGCAUGUCAAGAACUAGUCAAUUUCCCAGGCUUUUGGUAGGUUAAAUUUACAUUGUCUCGCUUGAUUCAUUGGACUAUAGUUAGGAGCAGGAAUGAUCUCUGCCCAAUAGAAAGGACAUGAUCUGGCAUGCAGAAACAUCCAUCCACAUGAUGCCCUCUUGCAUACAUCAUUGUAUUCAUCAUAUGUGAUCAUCCGGGAUAUUGCGACUUACAUUUAUAGCAUAGCGAAACUAAAAGGAUGUGAAUUUUGGUCGUA